CACGUACCUGUACUUAUAUAUGCUUCCGAUUCUCGGUCUCAUCGUUCCUCGUGCUACGCCAUUGAGAUUGCUCACCAUCAGCUACUGCCUACCAUGCCUUUGACGGUGCUCUCAGAUACAGAUGUCAGCAAGGUGCUGCAUAGUUUCACCAAGCAGGAUGUCCUGGAUAUGCAACAGAGUCUGGCCGAUGCAAUGCACUACUACUCAACAGCGAUUGAGGAAGACUCGAAUGGAUGCGGUUCCUCAUAUCAGCCUCUCCGCACAUCUCUUAAACGUAGUGACGGGCAAACUACUCUCUUCAUGCCGGCCUCCAGCAAUGACGGGCUCGGGGUUAAGAUAGUAACCCUUGCAGUUCCCGAAUCGGAGAAGAAGGGUUCCUCCAAUGCACCGCCUGAGGCAACUGGCUCUGGCGCCGCAUCGCUCGCAUCAUUUGAUUCGUUGUCGCUGUCACAGGCUUCUUCGUCGUCUACAUUCGAUGGCCCGCCUGCCUCGACUACCAGUUCUCAAUCUACGACGCCAAAGGGCAGUAUAACCCUCUUGGAUCGCGAGGGGGCGCCGAGAGCAUUGAUGAAUGCGGAAGAAAUCACGGCAUUUCGAACGGCGCUGGCCAGUACAAUGCUGUUUAAGAAGCGGCAGAAUGUGCACGAUGUGUUGGUGUUUGGAGCAGGCAAGCAAGCUUACUGGCACAUUCGACUUGCUUUAUUACUGCGAGGUUCCGAAGUUCACCAUCUGAAUAUUAUCAAUCGGAGUUUCCAUCGAGCACAAGAGUUGAUUGAAACACUUCAUAAGUCACCGGUCGGCGAUGGUCAGACACUUCCGAUACCUAAGAUACAGAUCAUAACCCAUGGUCACCGCGAGUAUAAUCGUCUUCUGAAAGCAACAGUCCGAGAAUCCAGCGUCAUAUUCUGUACAACACCCUCAAUCACACCUCUAUUCCCUGCUUCCUACCUUACAAACCCAGAAGGCCGUAAGAAGGGGAGGUAUGUUUCGGCGAUCGGGAGCUACAAGCCGCAUAUGAUGGAAAUUCAUCCAGAUAUUCUAAAGCAAAAUGUGGCACCUGAUCACGGACGCCAUCAUCACAAGCAUGCGACAGAGGGUGGCGCGAUCAUUGUUGAUAGUGUUGAGGCUUGUCUCAAAGAAGCUGGUGAAAUCAUACAAGCAGGCCUCACUGGGAACGAAUUGGUUGAAGUUGGAGAGUUGAUUAUGUUGCGAAAGGAAGCAGAGAGAAAACGCAAAGAAUGCCAGGCGCGCCAAAGCAUGGAGGGUCUGGAUGCUGGAGGUGUCGAACUUGGCGAAUGCGAACAGCGGAAGAAGCGGCGGGGUAAGAAAGAAGAGACUGAUGGAGGGUUGAUGGAGUGGUUGCAAAAGGGUAACGUGAUAUACAAAAGCGUAGGAUUGGGUCUUAUGGACGUUGUGGUUGGAACAGACUUGGUGCGGCUGGCAGACGAGCGUGGAAUAGGAACACGCAUCGAAAAUUUCUAA